GCGGCACCUCCGGGCGGCGGCUCCUCCCCCGCCGCUCGCCGCGCCGCGCCUGUGGCAGCCCGGCAGCAUGGCGGCGGUGGAGACCCGCGUCUGCGAGACGGCCGGCUGCAGUAGCGAGGCCAAGCUGCAGUGCCCGACCUGCCUCAAGCUGGGCAUCCAGGGUUCCUACUUUUGUUCUCAGGAAUGCUUUAAGGGAAGCUGGGCCACUCACAAGUUACUACACAAGAAAGCAAAAGAUGAAAAAGCUAAGCGUGAAGUUUCCUCUUGGACCCUGGAGGGUGACGUUAACACAAAUCCCUGGUCUGGUUAUCGAUAUACUGGUAAACUCAGGCCACACUAUCCACUGACGCCAACAAGACCUGUGCCAAGUUAUAUUCAGAGACCGGAUUAUGCUGAUCACCCACUAGGAAUGUCUGAAUCAGAACAGGCUUUAAAAGGAACCUCUCAAAUAAAAAUACUCUCAUCUGAGGAUAUAGACGGGAUGCGGGUAGUGUGUAGGCUUGCUAGAGAAGUAUUGGAUGUUGCUGCCAUGAUGGUGAAAGCAGGUGUAACUACUGAAGAAAUUGAUCAUGCUGUCCAUUUAGCUUGUAUUGCGAGGAAUUGCUAUCCUUCCCCUCUGAAUUAUUAUAAUUUCCCUAAGUCGUGUUGUACAUCAGUGAAUGAAGUGAUCUGUCAUGGAAUUCCUGACAGGAGGCCAUUGCAGGAGGGAGAUAUUGUUAAUGUGGAUAUUACUGUUUAUCGUAAUGGCUACCAUGGAGAUCUGAAUGAGACAUUUUAUGUUGGAGAAGUUGAUGAAGGUGCAAGGAGGCUUGUCCAGACAACUUAUGAAUGCCUAAUGCAAGCCAUUGAUGCAGUAAAACCUGGUGUUCGGUACAGAGAACUGGGAAACAUUAUUCAGAAACACGCUCAAGCAAAUGGAUUUUCAGUGGUUCGGAGCUACUGUGGGCAUGGAAUCCAUAAACUUUUCCACACAGCCCCUAACGUGCCACAUUAUGCCAAAAAUAAGGCAGUUGGAGUCAUGAAGCCAGGUCAUGUAUUUACAAUUGAACCAAUGAUCUGUGAAGGUGGUUGGCAAGAUGAAACAUGGCCUGAUGGUUGGACUGCGGUAACAAGAGAUGGAAAGCGAUCUGCCCAGUUUGAACACACGCUUCUGGUCACCGAUACAGGCUGUGAGAUCUUGACCCGGCGGCUGGAUAGCAUUCGUCCCCAUUUCAUGUCCCAGUGAUAGAUAGUCUAGACUGAGCAGGUGGAUCUGAACGAUACAUAUAUUUUUAAUUUUUUUUUUUUGUCUCUGUACUAUGCAUUUUUUAAAGAGUACAGAAUAGAUUCAUCACUUGCUUUGUUCUCCGUGAUUGUAGAUACGAGGAAUAUCUUGAAGAACCUGACCCAAUGUCUGGAAAAGCAGAGAAGAAUCUAAAGAAUUUCAUGCUUUCCUCCUACCUACAACAUUCAUGCUAUAUUUUUCUUUUUUCAUCAAUUAUUUCUUUAGCACCUUUCUUCCAGUUAGACCCACAAUUGCUUCUGUUACUGCUAUGGUAUUAGCUAGAAAAGUGUGGGUAACCUUUCCCACUGGGACUUGAUAUUUUGGGAUCCAGGUUUUUUUCACCACUUCAGUGUGCCCUUUCGCUCUUGAUAGGUGAGUGGCACCUGAGAUUUUAAGCAUUUCUAGUUCCAAAGACUUGCUCCUGCUUCUGCAGAUACUGUUCUAAUGGGCUGGGCCUUGUUUGUUUAUCAGUUGAGAAGGGGGCAGAAGGGAGAAAGACAUGCAUGUUGCCAAGAAUAGGCUACCCUUACCUUUAAUUCUGUCCCCAUCUCUCUGCUGAUGGGCUCUGUGGUGAUUGCAACUGUAGGUGACACACGGUGUUAAUGGCAGGACUUGUUUCUCUUGCCGGAGAUUUGAUAGUAUGGGCUUCCUACAGGGAAAAUUAAUAAAUUCUGUCUUAUAUGCAACUCCCUGGAAUAAGCUGCUUCUCGGCGAAGCAGUGUUUGCAGGCAGUCUGCUCCAAAAGCUUGGUGAAGCUGAUGUGUCAGACUUGCCUAGGUAAAGGAAUGAAACAAGAACCAAAAAGAUCCCAUGAUUCAUGGGAUCCCUGCGUGUGUUAACUGUGGGGCAUUUUUUAAAGGUACAUCCACAGUAGCUGGGGGGGAUUGGAUUUGCAAGAGUUACAGUGAAAUGAGUAUGUAUCUCAAAACAAGUCUGAGUGUGAGGAAAAUGAAACACCUUUAAUGCUGUAUUCAUUUUCUUCUGGUAAUUUUUAAACAGGUCAUUUUCCCCCCCCCUCAGUUAAGUGAGUUUCAUGCUUUUGGAAAGUCUUAGUGGGGCAGCUAUGAAAACUGAUCUUUUUUCCUCAGACUGGGUAUAGAGUGGGCAAUGUUAGUAUAUAUACCCAUUUAUUUUCUGUUAAUGGGUCAUGAUGAUCUGGAAACUGUCACAUUAAGGAGUGUGGAUUGAUUAAGCCUCUCUUCUCUACCCUUUCUUUUUCCAUGCCCACUUCCUUUCCAUCAUCCUUGGUGUCUCUGCUGAGGGAAUUUAUUUUUUCUUCUGAAUUGUAAUGAAAAAUUUUUCACACCCCAUUGCAGACUUAGUCUUACACCACUGUAAUGCAAGUAAUAGUUAAACCAAUGCAGACAUUAAAUCAUACAAUCAUGGGCAUAAAAUACACCUUUUACAAGGUGUCUGGUGAAUUUGUUGUCACAUUAGACCCAAGCAUAUGAGGUACUGCAGACCCUUGGCUCCCCUUGGCACUGCAGAAUUUAGGUGGGGGAAGGGGGUUAGUGCUUCAUAGAACUGGACUCGUGUACUACCAAAUACCAAAUUUGCCAGAAAACGUCUUCUCUGCCCUGAGUGCCUCAGACCUCUGUUGCUCUAAGAGUAUCAUUGCGAUGUUUUCAUUACCUUUAUUAUUAUUUUUAAUUAUGCAGUAAAGUGACCUGAAAUGAUGCAUAUAGAGCGUGUGUGCGUGCGUAUGCGUGUGUGUAUCGAUUUUAACAAAACAGACUGUAGUACUUGAGUGGAAUUACCUGUGUUGAAUGAGAUGUAAUGUAUUGAGGAGAUGACUGUCCUGGAGGUUUGCCCACCAUAUCAUUCACUUGAAUGGUUACAAUGGUCUUGCCUUUUCUAUGUGUGUGUAUGAUGUGGGGUGGGGGCUUCAUUUUUGGUCUAUAAAAUAAAAGUUGCAGCUGCUUUUAACAGAAA